ACAGCAUCCAUUCGCAUCUUAGUUACGAGAGUUUUAACAUACAAAAAAUAAAAAAUGUUUUUCAAAACUUUGAUCUUUGCCGCUUUAUUGGCCGGCAUAAACUGUAGAUACAUUCUAAUUGACGAAGAUUAUUUGCCGGAAUUAAUUGAGCAUACGAGGGUUAGGAGACAAGUGCAGGUGGGAGCUGGUCUUGAUAAUAAGGGGAACUGGGACUUGGCAGGCAAAGUACCGCUUGCGAAGUCUGAUACUAACAUUCUCAGUGCAACUGGUAUGGCUACGAUGGACCCUAGCCACAAGCUGACCUCGUAUGGAGCUGGUGUGGCUUUGGAUAAUAUAAAUGGCCACGGACUCAGCCUGUCAGGCAGACAGAUUCCAGACUUCGGGAAGCAGUUGACAGCUGCAGCCAACUUGAAUCUUCUCAACACACCUAACCACAAUUUGAAUGCGAAUGCGUUUGUUACAAAGAACAUGCCAAGUAUACCGAAUGUACCCAAUUUCAACACCUAUGGCGCAGGCGCGGAUUACAUGUACAAGAACACACUUGGAGCUUCACUAGGCGCAGCACGCACUGAUUUCCUUCAAAAGACUGAUGUAUCUGCGAUGGGAAAACUAAAUCUCUUCAAGACGCCUAGCUCUUCACUCGAUUUUGGCGCUGGUGCAACGCGAUCCUUUUCUCCCUUCAUACCAAAGAGCAGUUGGGAACCGGCGUUUAAGUUUAACUUUAUGAAAUCAUUUUAAAUAGUUUAAGCUGUGUUAAAUUCGGAUAAGCAUAGAGAAAAGACAAGUAUGAAGAAUUGAUAUUUUCGGCUGUAUUAACAUUAUAUAUAUAUGUUUUUGUAUUUUACAUUUUCUAGCACGUAAGUUGCCAUUGCCAUGCGUUUAGCAUAUUUACUACUAAACGUACUAAAAGUACACGUGCAUACUCUUUUUUAUAACGCGAAUGUCUUGCCAAGUUGCGUACAUUGACAAAACAAUAUUAGGUAGUGGUACACUGUCAAUUUACUGGUGAUACAUAUAGUUCAAUGACAUUGUAUUCGAAAUAACAAAUUUUAGCUAUAAGGUUUAAAGUAUUGGCGUUAUGUAAACUUGAACUUACUAUUUAAGUUCAAGUCCAAUCUAAGUAAGGUAUAAAUAUUUAAUAAUUUUAUAGUGACAAUACAGGUUAUAAAUUAGCAAGCAAUGCUUAAUUGUGUGUAAUCAAUUAUUACAAAUAAAUAAUAGUAAACAUA